AUGAUGAGACUCUUCCGCAAGAAAACGCAGGAGGCUGACUCCCAGGGCCAAGGUCCUGUAGAUGUUAGCGAGAUCGUCAUCCACGAGAAGUCCAGUGACAAAUUCUUCUUCUGGACCCGCCCCGGUACGUCCAAGGAAGAAAUCAAGCUCGUCCGCAAACUCGACUUCUGCGUUCUGUCCUUCUGCUGCCUAACCUUCUUCGCCAAAGACCUCGACCGCAACAACAUCAACAAUGCCUAUGUCUCAGGGAUGAAGGAAGACCUUGGCCUCUACGGCAACGAACUAAACUGGAUGACCACUUGGUUCCAAAUUGGCUAUAUUGUUGGCCAGAUUCCCUCUCAAAUUCUUCUAACCAAGCUCUCUCCACGGUGGUAUCUUCCUGCCGCUGAGUUUCUCUGGAGUAUCUUCGUGUUAUUUAUCUACAAAUGCAAGACUGUGGAACAAAUCUAUGCCUUGAGAUUCUUCGUUGGCUUUCUCGAAGCGGCGAGCUGGCCCGGUCUUCACUUCAUGAUUGGUACAUGGUAUAGAAACCACGAGAUUAACAAGCGGAGUGGAAUUUUUACUGCUGCCGGUAUUGCUGCCACAAUGUUCUCCGGGUAUAUCCAAGCGGGCAUCUACGAGACCAUGGACGGUCAUUUGGGAAUCCGCGGUUGGAGAUGGUUGUUUAUCAUUGGUAAAAGACGACAACUUCACUCUGAAAUGACUGAUUUCCUCAUUACCUUCCCGCUCGUCAUUCUGGGCUUAAUCAUUGUUCCCGAUCCGCUCUACAAAAAGAAGACAUGGUGGAUGACAGAAAAAGAGCGUCAAAUGUGCAUGAAGCGACUUGAGGCUGAUGACCGUCAACCGCUUGGUAACUUUGGCAUGUCGUUGUUCAAGCGUAUUCUAGGAAGAUGGCACUUCUGGAUCCUGACCACCUGGUUUUCACUCAUGUACUUCGUUUACCAAGCACCGACUACCUCUACAAUGGCUCUUUGGCUCAAGGCAGAGAAGACCUACUCCGUUCCCCAGAUAAAUAACUUGCCCACGGUCUACUCAGCCGUUUCUAUCGUUUUCAUGCUUGCCUCUGGCACUUACAACGACUGGAGAGGUACACAAGUUGACUCGAUCAUCGCAAUAUGCAUGACACAAAUUGUCUCCGAGUCUAUUUUGGUGGCAUGGGAUGUUUCCAAACCGGCUAAAUUCUUCGCCUACUAUGUAGCUGGAACAAUCCAGUCCCUGUUUCCUAUAAUUGUCAGCUGGACACACAUGGUAUGCUCGGCAGACGCCGAGGAGCGUGCUAUCGUGAUUGGAAGUCUGAACGCCAUCGGAUUAGCACAGGGGACGUGGUGGAACCAGGUAUUUGUCAAGACGACCGAGGCGCCUCAAUUUUACAAGGGUUACAGGGCUGGACUCGCAGCUUCACUCGCCCUGAGCGCUUGGCUACCGGUUGUCAUUUGGUUCACCCGCCGACAGAAAAGACAGGAGAAGAUGAUUCUUAUCGGCCGACCAAAUGUCGUCGCCGCUACCGAUGCUGAUGGCGAGAAGGCUAUAAGUCUUUCUGAAGGGUUAGACAUCAAAGACAAGACUGGCGUGACUGAGCGUCAGCAGAAGACGUCAGAGGCUCACUCCGCCAUGUGA